GGAUGUUACAACUAUACCCGUUGAAUUGAGUUUCGAUUUGAGCCAACCCUACCCAUUGCCUCUAAUAUCAUGAGAUAGAAAGAAAGACAGGGUUUGGAGGAGACUUCAAGGAGAUAAUUCCUACGAUUCGAGUUCUACAGUUAGAGAGCUUCCGGGCUGAAGAAAAGGGGAGGAAGUCUAAAGAAACUUGGACUUCAUCGAGAACUUAAAUCGGCGUCCGGUUUUCCAAUCGUUCGAGUUACCGGGUUCAGGUUUCGAGAAUCGUGCUUCUUGGCCUGUUGCAACCAUGCGGAUCACUGUAAUGACUUCUGAUGAGCAAAUCAGUUCUUUGGAUGUCGAUCCCAAUGAAACUGUUGAGAACAUUAAAGCAUUGCUGGAAGUGGAGGUGGGGAUGUUUAUUUUCUCCUUUUACUACUAUGCUGCUGACUUAUAUCUUCUUAAUGGUGUCUCCUAUCUCCUUUUCCUGAUCAUUAUUCUCAUCUAUGGACAGACUCAGGUGCCCCUUCAGCAACAACAAUUGUUAUACAAUGGCAGAGAGAUCAGGAAUGAUGAGAAAUUGAGCGUUCUGGGCGUUAAAGAUGAUGAUUUGAUAAUGAUGGUUUCCAAGGGACAAAGCCCCGGUUCACAUGUGAUGGGCUCCCGUUCCAAUGACCCUUCAGAGAACGCUGCAGCAUUUCAAGAACAUGUUCGUCGUGAUCCCAAUCUGAUGUCCCAACUGUUUCAGGCUGACCCUGAACUUGCACAACUCGUUCUUGGAAAUGAUCUCAACAGACUGCAAGAGCUGUUGAAACUACGCCAGAGGCAAAGAUCUGAGUUACACCUCCAGCGAGAGGCUGAACUUGCUCUGCUCGAGGCUGAUCCUUUUGAUGUUGAGGCUCAAAAGAAAAUUGAAGCUGCCAUUCGACAGAAAGGUAUUGAUGAAAAUUGGGCAGCAGCGCUGGAGUACAAUCCUGAAGCUUUUGCUCGGGUGGUUAUGCUUUAUGUGGAUAUGGAGGUCAAUGGGGUUCCACUGAAGGCAUUUGUUGAUAGUGGCGCUCAAUCAACAAUAAUAUCGAAAAGCUGUGCUGAGAAAUGUGGAUUGCUGAGGCUUUUAGAUCAGCGCUACAAAGGCAUUGCUCAUGGUGUUGGCCAGUCAGAGAUACUGGGCCGUAUACAUGUAGCUCCAAUCAAGAUCGGCAAUAUAUUUUAUCCUUGCUCCUUCAUCGUGCUGGAGUCUCCCAACAUGGAAUUCCUCUUUGGGCUUGACAUGCUCCGCAAGCACCAGUGCAUUAUUGAUUUAAAGGAGAAUGUUCUAAGAGUAGGUGGUGGAGAAGUUUCAGUACCAUUUUUGCAAGCUGCUCACUGGUUAGUGGUUACUGUAUCCAUGACUACCAAUGUUUCAGAGAAAGACAUUCCGUCUCGUUUCUUGGAUGAGGAAAGAUACUCCAAAGAAGCAUCUAGCUCUGGAAAUCCGGCUGUACAAGCAGCAUCAAACAAGAAGAGUGAUGCUCCAGUAGUAGGAUCAUCAUCUGGACCUGCAAGCGGCAAUGUGAUGCAGGGACCCGAUUUCGAGGCCAAAGUAGCGAAACUCGUGGAACUUGGCUUUGGUAGAGAAGCUGUGAUACAAGCUCUUAAACUGUUUGGGGGGAAUGAAGAACAAGCUGCUGGAUUCCUCUUCGGAGGCUAAAAAAGGCUACCGGAACAACAACAAAAAACAGGGAACGGAGUGGAGGUGUUGAUUCUCUUUGAAAUUUUAGGCAUUGCAAAAACGACUGGUGACCAGGACAUUGUAACCCUCUGUGCUACAUUGUUUGAAAUUCAUGGGAUUUUCUAUUGGAUUAUUUUUUAUGGCAAAAGAAGCCUACUGGGUGAAAAAAAUAACGGAGUCGAUGUGUGGUUCUCUUUAUAAUUUUAGGCAUAGCAAAAUUGACAGGAGACCAGAAAAUUGUAUCCCAUUUUGAUACAUAGUUGGAAAUUUCAUGGGAUUUUCUGUUGGAUUAUUUUUGAAUGCCAGUUACCGUUAGUAAGGUGAGUUUCGCUUCUUAAAUAGGCUUACGAGACAUGUUAAUUUCUCAACAAAACAGUUAACUCAUAAUCAC